AUGUUGGAAACAAUUUUAUUUUCAAAAUCAGAAGAAGAAAGGUCAAUAUUACGAACCAAAAGAGAAAGUCUUAAAGAGUUCUUUUUACAUAAGCAACCUUAUAACAUCAAUAAAGACAAGUCUAAAGGUGAACACGAGACAUUAAAGUUAAAUAAUAAUAAUAUCAAGAUAUUUACAUCAACGGUUCAAACAGAAAUAAAAGAAGAGAUUGUUAAUGGUAUAUCAGCUGAUGAAAGUGGGGUAAGUUCUAUUGAAGCAAUAACUACAACUAAAAUAGUCAUAUCUGAUUCUUCAAAGGAACUAAGUCCCGAUGAGAAACGUCAAAGAGCUGCUGCGACUCGUUCAAAACAAAGCAUGGAAUUAAAAAAUCUCAUGAAACAAAAGAAGCGCGAACAAAAUUUAGAUAAUAAUGAUGAAACUAUUAUGUUUGUUCCUAAAAAUUUAAUUGAUUCGCUAAAUGAACAAAAAAAAAAAUCUGUUAAUACAACGGCAGCAGAUGUUGAAUCAGAUGGAUCAGUAGAUUUGGAUGAUUUGAUUGGCCAAAUCAGUGAUUUAGAGUCAGGAACUGUUUUAAGAAAUCUCACACCAUCAACUACUCCUUUAGCUACUCCUUUACGAGGUCCGUCACCAAACUCGCAAAUUUCAUCUUCAACCUAUAAUCUAACAAGACCUACUAGUACCAUAGCUGAGGAAGAUGAAAAUCUAAGUGAUACUCCACUCGAAGUGGACAAGCAAGAAGCAGAUGAUCUUUGGAAAACCUCAAAUACAAAUAAGGAAUUCGAUAUGGAAUCAAAAGAAGAGGAUGAAUUAGAUUUGUUAUUAGACACAGAAAUCAUGCCAAUUUUAAAACCUUCUUCACCAUCACCUGUUCCCACACCAAAUUCUUCAUUGUCUGGUGGUAAAAUGGGAAUUCCUUCCGGCCUAUCCAAGUCUGCAUUUUAUAGCUUAAGUUAUGUAAGAUCACCAUUAUCACCCAAUUCAUCGCAAGCUUCAUCUGUGGUAGAUCCUGAGGAAUUUGAAACAUUAUCAAACGGAUCUCAUACUUCUACUAGCUCAAGAAGUAUUUCUGCGUCUGGGAUAAGAAGACCAUCGAACACCACAGGAAUAAGAUCACCAACUCGUAAUGAUAGAAGUCCAUCUAAAAUAGCAAGAUCUGGUGCUUUGUCCCCAAGGUAUCCGAGAUCAUUAAGUCGCGCGAGUAAUAGUUCAGCCGAAGAGAGUACCACUUCGUCUAUUGGUGGAGCAAUAUCUCCAACAAGAAUUGCGUCACCGACCAGAGGAUAUCACUUAUCAAUGUAUAAUACUCCUACAAGUUUCCGUCAAAGAUCCAUCAGUGGUGUUAGCAGUAGUUCAGCAGAUGAGAUUUUAUCAAGACCACAAACAUCACCCCCUACAUAUAGAUCAUUAAGUAGAAUUGGUGGAAAUAUCGGAGGAAAUAAAUCAUCCACUUCAACCGAUUCACCCAAGCAAAUUCGCAGUAGCUUGCCGCCACCAUCGUCAUCGACUAAAAAUAAUGCCAAAACUUCUAAAACUGGACCUAAACGCCCUACUUCACAACCAGCAUCUUCAAAUAUUACUUCUUCAGGUUUAUUAAGUCCUUCUAGCAGAGCAGGUAUAACUAAUUCUCGUAACAAUAAUGUUCCAGCAAAUGAUAGUCAUGACGAACAUUCAGGUUCAAGUAUGAUUUUUAGUCCUCCAGAAUCACCUGUUGGUAGUUCAGAAACAGAGUCUUUAACAAGUACAAUGUCGUAUGGGUCUUCUGCUGGUAGAGUAGCAUCACCAUCACAAGUUUAUAAUAAUAAUUCAAAUAAUUUUUCAAUGCUUCCAUCACCGACUAAUUUUUCUGAUAAAAAAUCUGCAACAAUAACAGUUGCUCCUACAUAUUGCAACAAUACCGUAAACAAAACGAGACAAUUGCUAAAAGAUCCUUUCAACCUCGAUCUCGACACUAAAUUGGAAGCAAUGCCCAAGAAAAAAAAGCAAAGGCUUUCUGGUUUUAUUAAGAAAGAAAAUAAGAGAUUGGAGACUAUUGAAGAAUCUCCUGUUCUUAUAGAGAAAGUAAAUACAAUAGAUGAUUUUAAUAGGCCUUCUUCAUCUUUACAAUCAUCAUCAGAACAUAGUCCAAUAUCGUUAGAUUCUACAUCAAGUUUUUUACCAUCAACAUCUUCAACUUCAUUCUCAUCGUUAAUAAUAAAUGAUUAUCCAACAAUUACAACAACCGAUCAUCCAAAUUCCAUCACUCUUUUUGAUAUUAGUAACCCACUUCAAAUUGUAGAAUAUGGUGCUAGUUUCGACAACUUUGACACUUUGGUAGAAAUUAAAAAAAGUUAUCCGCCUAAUAACCAUGAUGAAGCUAUUAAGUCAGAUUCUUUAUCUAAUAAUGAAGAUGAUACAUCAGUCGAUCAAGAUGAUAAUGGUGAUUUUAAACGAAGAAGAACCCAAGUAAAUUAUGCUGAACCUAAUCUUCGAAAAAAACUACGUCGUGGAGAUCCUCAGACUAAUUCUUUUGGGUUAACUAAUUCAGAUUUAGAAAAAAUGUCUAAAAAAAAUAGCCAAGAUAAGAAAAAGGGUGAUAAUGAUAGUUGUUGA